CCGCGAGUAGCGAGAAAGAAAAAGUGUCCCUCCAUUUAUCCCGCGAUCAUCAGAACAUUGUGCCAUCGAGGAACGUUUGCGACUAGGCAGUGGGCAAAUUGUGCACAGUAGUGCAUUAGUGUCAUCAUUUAAGAGAUUGACGUUCGGGCCUUGCCAGCAAUCGUGACACAAUCGCCGUGCCGGCAUCCGAGCAGCAACAUUAACGAUGGGCGAACCAACAGUUUCGUUAGAGUCCCUUGAACUAUCCGGUAACAUUCUGGACCGGCAUGACAUUGCGGACGCUUCGGCUCCUGGCCUACUGGAGGUGACGGGCGUCUCGCAAACCGGCACACCGACCGUAAGUGGGCUGAAUGACUUCGAUUACCAGCAACUGACCGCACUAUCGAUGGGGCUGAAGGACCUAAACCAGCUGUCCACGGUCAAUAAAGUGCCGAUACCACCGGAGAUUAUGGAACACUUCAACCAUAUAAAAUGCCACUGCACGAUGGGAUUGUUCCCCGAAAUCGGUCGAGCGUGGUUAACAAUCGAUACGGAUUUGUAUAUAUGGACGUAUGAAAAUGUACGCGACGUUGCCUACUUUGACGGUCUCUCAGAGGUGAUCAUAAGCGUAGGGUUAGUGGCACCCAAGCCGGGAAUUUUCGUAUCGGACGUGCGGUAUCUACUCGUACUCACCACGCCCGUUGAGAUCGUGAUCCUCGGCGUGACGUUCAAGGACGCGAACAACGGGACACCGAACCGUUCGCUUUCCUCCCAGUCCACCGAAGAGAUGCAGCUGAUGAGUGGUCCCAUUUUCCUACUUAACACCGAUCAGGUGGCCAUCAUGUGUGUCCAGGGAACGGAUGAUGGGCGCAUAUUUCUCGGUGGACGUGAUGGGUGUCUGUACGAGAUCGUCUACCAGGCCGAGACGAACUGGUUUGGCAAGCGCUGCCGAAAGGUCAACCACUCUCAGGGACUGAUCUCGCAUCUGGUUCCGGGGCUGUUCAAAAUGUUUACUGAGGUCGACUCGGUAAAGUCGAUCGUGGUGGAUAACUCGCGCCGUCUGCUGUACGUGUUGCUAUCGAAAGGUUCGAUCGAAACGUGGGAUAUCGGGACGGACGCGGGCAGUACGAGACGCAUCGCGAGGCUCUCCCACAAGGAAAUCUUUGCGAAUGCCACCGCGAUCCUGCGUACGCUCAACACGAACACAUUUCUUCCCGUGUCCGCCAUCUGUCCGCUAACGGCGGACGAUUCGCCCAGCUUGCAUCUGGUGGCGGUGACGGAAAACGGUGUUCGGUUGUACUUCUCCACGCUGCCAUUGACCAUGCACGGCUUUUACCUUCAACAUCAGCAGCAACAGCAUCAACAUCAACAGCAGAUGCAGCAAAGCCAAAUGGAAAACUUCCAACAAACCACGCCUGGGCAACAACCCGUUGGUGGAAAUCCGACGCUUCUUUUCGGUCAAGAUCAGCAGAGCAAUCGGAAACCGCAAGGACUUUACAUGCUGCACGUACGUGUCCCACCGGGAUACACACCCAACACAACCACCGGCAAGCCAACGCAUGUGCAUACGCUUCACGUUACACAAGGCUCGGUACUGAUGGUGUCCACGCCCCAGCAAGAUCAGGACUUUCUCUGGUCCCUUAGCACGGAGCAGUUCCAGUCACAGCAAAACUUCAUCGAAUCAGCCACAGUGAUGCCACUCGAUGGGCAGGUGUGGGCGGUCGGUGAAUUGAAGCGCAAGGAUCGGCUUUCGAUCACCACCCCUCUCCGUACCGCACAGCAUCCGCGCAAGGUGGCCCUGCUCACAAACCAGGGUGUACACAUCGUGUGCUUGCAGCGCUCGGUAGACGUCCUUCAACAGCUGCUGCUGGCAUGCCGUGGACCGAACAACGAUGCCGUCAAGGCGUACUUCCAGAUACAAACGGAAGCUCAAGCGUGCGCUACGGCUCUCCUGCUAGCAUGUCUCGAGUCGUACCGUGGAACCGAGGUGGGAGAAUGGGCCGCCCAGGCGUUCGUGUUGUACGGUGGCGAACCGUACUUCGAUACCUUCCUUCCCAACGCCGGAACGACCGCUCAACGUCAGCUCGCAUUCAAUUCACCCAUCGCCGGUGCAGGGGGCUACGGUAGCGGCGGUGGUUACGAUGGAGGGUCACAGCAGGGUGGUAAUUUUGGGCCCGGACCCGGCCGUAUGUGGGCCUCCACGCCAUUCUCUACACCCGGCGGUGGUCGUGGGCCGUUGCUGGGCUAUCAGCAACACCUUCCGCAAUUGCCCUCCGACGGUGGUGGUUCACCGAACCAGAGCUUUAACAACAACAACAACAACGUCUCAAUGGGCCCCCACGUGGUCGAUUCGGCGCACUUUCACUACUCGGCCAAACAUACGGCCUUGUAUUUGCACGUGAGCCGUAUGAUGCGCUGUGUCUGGAAUCGGCCAUGCAUCAACGACCGGUUCCAUUCGUCCAUAUCGCAGGCGGACUGUGCGACCCUGCUGGAAGAUCUUUACGCCCUGCGACGCUUCCUCGAAACCGUUCCGCUUUGCAGUACCCUCGGUUACGUUAGCGGUCGAAAUGGGACGUCCUUGCGUGCCACUCUCGGCAGUGGCAGUGCCUCGUUUGCUCCGGCCGGACAGGCGAAUCAAUCCGGACUGCUGCUACAGUCACCGAUAAGCAACGGAAAUGAACGGGGAUACGGUGGCGCUAGCGGGCUCUUUUCGCAGCCUUUUGCCGCCGGUUCCGGAGGAGGGUACGUGCCGAGCACUGCCGGAGUGUCGCAGAGAGCCUGCACCGAGGAGGCCCUGCAGGAGGAGAAAAGAUCACUCGAUGCGUUGGCUCGGCUGAUAAAGCAAUCCUGCGAAGUGAUCGGUCUGUGGAAAGUGAUCUGCGAGCACCAGUGCCAUCAGCUGGUUGAAAAACUAGCGAAGGAGGAACAGAACCUGCUAAAGAUGUGUACGUUCCGUGAUUUGAUCAUCUCGCGGGCGGACGUUUGCGGGCGCUUGAUCGUCACGCUUAUCAACACGUACCUCGCGGACAAUGCCAGCGUGGGGCCGAUCUCGUCGAAACUGCGCGAAGUGUGUCCGACGCUGUACCGCCACGAGGACGCCGUUUCGCACAAGGCGACCGAAAUUCUGCUUCUGACGCGCAGCUGUACCGAUCGAGAGAAGAAGGAGGAACGGCUGCGGACGGCCCUGCAGCUAUGCAAGAGUGCCGUACCAAAUUUGCCGCUCGGCGAGCUGUGUGCACAGUUCAGCGCGUGUGGGUUUUACGCUGGCGUGAUCGAGCUGUGUACCGUGUGUGCGGCGAAGAGCGACCCGAACGAGGCAGCACUGCACUUCUAUCGCAAUAACGAGCCGAUGGAUAAUCAGGAGGGUUUUAUCGCAUAUCAGAACCGUACUAAGUGCUACCGGGAGGUGAAGGCGAUGCUGGACUUUAUGUACGAAUCGGGCGCACCGGCCAGUGGGCGAUCAUCGGAGGCAGGUGUCUCGGCUUACUCGCCAUCGGAACAUCCGUCGGACGAUCGCAGCACGGAUAGUCGUGGCAAUCGGGCGGACAUUCAGGCUGUUAUUGGGCAAGCACUGCAGCACACUGACCAGCUGCUGCACAUUGCCGUCUACGAGUGGUUGCUGUCGAAGGGUCUCCAUUCGGAGAUGCUCGAAAUUACCGAGCCAUCGUUGGGCAUAUUCCUAAGUCGGGCGAUGACUCGAACACCUGAGAAUAUGCAGCUAGCGGACCUGCUGUGGAAGUACCAUGAGCGCAAUGGCCAGCAUGCGUCGGCCGCGAAAAUUCUCGAUCGGUUAGCCAACAGCCCCGGGGACAGUAUCGACCUACUGCGACGCAUCGAGUACCUGGCUCGCGCCGUCAUGUGUAUGCGCAGCGAAUCGGUAGGCUUUUCCGCGCACAACGGUGUUCUGUUGAAGGACCUUGAGGAUAAGCUGGAGGUAGCACAGAUUCAACGACAGGUGUAUGACGCCUUGGCGCUGCUGGCCCCGUCGAACGAUGGGACGAGUCGUUUCACGCGUGAUGCGCUGCACCAGCUGGACACGAACCUUUACAACCUGACCCAGCUCUACUCGGACUUUGCCGAGCAGUAUGAGCUGUGGGAAUGCAAGCUGACCAUUUUGAACUGUUCCCACCACAACGAUCCGCUGCUGAUCGAGUCCGUGUGGACGCACAUCCUCGACCGGGAGCUGUCGGGACCGGAGGAGACGACCGAAUGCUGCCGGCGGAUGCUGGCGAAGGUGAAGAGUUUGGCACUGGAGUACGACAGUUCGGGUUGCUGCUUUCCGCUGGCGUUCAUCGUGCGCGAGCUGGAAAUCCGCUGCUUCCGGCUGGGACUCUUCCACUCGCCCGUCCCCGAAGCACUGCUGGAGAUGAAUUUGGACGUGGAGGAACUGAUCAACAUUUACUCGAGACUCGUGUCCAUGAACGAACGCAUCUGGAUGACGGACCGCGACGAGCUAUACCUCAUCCGGUCGACUACCAACCUGCUGAGCUUGAUCGUCGCCCAGCCGACGCUCGUACCGCUCAAGAACCGCCGGAAAGUGUUGGGAAAAUCGCAGGAGCUUUCCACGGCCGCCCUCAACAUACUCUACACCAAACCCGACACGCAGCCGAUGAUCGACAGCCUCCGCGAUACACAAUCGAAGCUACAGCGGCUGUUGUGAAGAGGGCUUUGGAGCACCUCGAGUUGGAAGCGAUGGCCCAACAAUCACAUCGCCAGACGAUUAGUGUAAUUGUGUUUGUUUUGCUUAUACGUUAUUACGGAAGAUUUGCUUUUUUACUUCUUCUUUUACGCUGACCGUUUGCUUGUUCGUGCACGAAGACGUUUCCUAGCACUAACUUCUUGCCUGCCAGCAAGGCGAAUGAAUUUCGAAGAAAGUGUAAAUGCAAAUGGAUCAAUGUUGUGAAUAAAGUGGUACAUUAGAAUA